UAUAUAUCUGCCCACAUGUGCCUCUCUAACUGCUUUCUUUUCUGUUAGAUUUUUAACAACGGUUUUGAGGUAUUUGGCGGGAAGGAAUUCCCCACUCCGACUCUUUGGAAAGUUUCUGAUGUGAUUUAGCACUUGAUAGCAUCAUAGGCUUAAACCAAUCCAAUACUCCUCGUAUUUAUCAUUCUAAAUACAACUCAUCAGAAACUUUCCAUCGUCUUAUCUUACAGUGUACCCAUCCACAGUGGAUUCACCCUUCUCCAUUGUUUCUUUCUUGCACCCCAUAAAACUCACUCCAGCUACCAUUUUCUCUCUCUCUCUAGACAAUCCUUCGCUGCUCAAUUAUAUACUUUAAUAUCAUCGACAAUGGAGAAAAGGGCAUCGCCUCCGUUGGAUCAAAUAACCGUCUCUCCCGCCUCAAAAUCACCGCCGCUGCCUUCAUCUCCACCGUCUGAUAAUCGCACUCAACAAUUCGCCUCGACUUUCACCACGCUGUAUCACUCCAUUUUCCCGCCAAAACCAUCGCCGCUUCCAUCAUCUCUCUCCUUCUCUAUAACUCCAUCCACUUCCUCUCCGUCCUCUGCCGCCACCACUGACGACUUCGACAUUGAGCAUCAACUUCACCAGGCGCGCCUGAUUUUGGAGUAUCAGGAGCUCUGCGACCACUACGAGCUCUCUCUCGAUCGUCUUCAAGCUCUCACGACAGAGAUCGAAUCACUCCGUCAAGAGAAUACAAAUCUCAGACUGGCCAAUAACGACCUGGUCAAGCUUCUUAGCCUCUCCUCACAGGCCGCGAUUCAGAGCCGCUUUAACAGUCGGGAGAUGGUUGAACCAAGCAGGUUCGAGAGGAGGAAUGGGGAGCGAGUCACGUUGCCAAAGAGCAUCUCUGUCCGGUCUAGCGGUUAUCUCAAACUGAAUCGAGCCGAUAAUGCAAGCAAUGGUGAUCAGAGUAGCACCUCAACUCGGUCCCGAGUCGCGAGUCAUCACGAUCAAUUCGUUUCUGGACUGGUGCAGCAGCGAGUCUGUGUGCCAGGGGGAGGCAAGGGGGAUAAUCCUGCAGUGGAAUUGGAGGUGUUUAACCAAGGGAUGUGGAAAACAGAGCUAUGCAACAAAUGGCAGGAGACAGGCGCGUGUCCUUAUGGCGACAAUUGUCAAUUCGCUCACGGCAUAAAAGAACUCCGUCCAGUUAUAAGGCAUCCAAGGUACAAAACUCAGGUUUGCAGAAUGGUUGUUGCCGGCCAAGCAUGUCCCUAUGGUCACAGGUGCCACUUUCGCCACUCUCUCACUGAGCAUGAUAGGCUAAUGGGCCCACGUUGAUCUAAGGGAAGGAAAUGCAAAGAUUAAGUAAAUGCCAAAGGGGAUGUAUAUAUGAAGAUGAACCUAAUCGUAUAUAACAACAUGGAAAAUUUAAAAUAAUAAUGAAAGAACUGAUAAAUGAGGAAUAUAUAAAAUACAUUAAAAAUAUAUAAUAAAUAGUAAAAAAAGGGUAAUUCAGGGUUGGUUGAUAAAUUUUUGUAAGCGAGAGAAAUUGUUUGUUAUAGGGAAGUAUUUCUGCAUUCUGAUAUGAAUUGAGCCGGUUGGGUGACUCUAUGUAAUGAUGAUAUUUUGUUGUGCAAUGCUACGCAACCUUCACUUCAA